AUGAGCAAGUACAUUUGCUCGAUGUUGCCCGCCUUCUUUGUCCUGACUGUUGUGCUGCCUGCUGUUCUGAGUACGUCACAUCACCUGAUGUGUGGAAACAACCCCGAGGGAAUAGCAGACAACGACUGGGAGCUCCUGCAUAAGCUGGUCAAGAGAUGGGCCAAUGCCACGAUCCGACACCACGACGUUUGGGAGGUGACGGUCAACCUUGAUCACAACGAUGGCCAGCUCCUGAAGAUUGGCAAGGAGAAGGUGGAGGUGGAGGAGCACUUGGAGGUGGCGAGCAAGACCUUCCACAUGGUCAACUACUUCUCCAUCGGUCAGGAAUCGCAGGUCGGUAUGCAUUUCGACAAGCACCGCACCAAGAGCCAGACGUGCAACCUCUUCGUCUAUGGUGCCGCCGGCUUUGUUCAGGAGCUGAGGUGCUGGGGCGUCCAGCAUGUCGGCAACCUCGUGGCCAACCUGUACAAGGGAGACAGAAAAGACAACGCGAAUCUCAUUCUCGACAGCGAAGGUGAUGCUGGAGAGCCGCAGCUCAUUGGCAACCCUGAGAGCCUCAUGUUCCUCAACAUCAACUCGUAUGCUGGGGGAAAGGCGCACCUGUGGCAGAGCGAGUGUGAUGUGGGAGUGGACCCACCACCUCCCUCAGGGUCGCUGAGUGACGAGCAGGACCCGGGCGAUGGUAAGCUGGAGGUGGUAACUCUGCCCGUGAUCGCGAACAUCGCUUUGGACAACCUCGUCCACCAGGCCAGAAGAGUUUGCCAAGCCGGAUCUUACUUCCUCGAGUACUUCAAGAACGAGGACGGCAUGAACAUCUAUUUUGAGGUAGACGGCGAGUUCUACCAUGCGGUGAAUCCAGAUAGCACGGUGGUGAAGCUGUACAAGAAGCUUCAGGUUCUACAGAAAAACAAGCUCGACGAAGCUGAGGAUUCAGAUAGUGACUGGUUCGACAUGGACGACUUUGUCCCUGACGGCAUGGGUUGCGGCUUCUGA